UGUCGUUACUGGCGAUGUUAUGAAACAACUUUCGAUCGCGCUAAAAAAUCGCUGGACACGUACUGUCUACACGGCAUUUAGUUCCAGGGUGAACGCUCCAGGCUGCUUCUUCUCUAAGCACGAAAAAGGAGGAAUAAUGAAAACGGUUAUCUACCUGUUCAGAAACGAUUUACGACUGCAUGAUAAUGAGUCAUUGUACUGGGCUUGCCAGAAUGCUGAUACAGUUCUGCCAGUCUAUUGUUUUGACCCUCGACAUUUUGGGAAGACAUGGCACUUUGGUUUUGCCAAGACAGGCCCACACAGACUCAAGUUUUUGGUGGAAAGUGUUGUAGACCUCCGAGGUAAUCUACAAAAGCAUGGCAGUGAUUUGAUGGUUCGUCAGGGAAAGCCAGAAGAUGUCAUACCAGACAUUAUCAGCCAGCUAGGGAAAGACAAUGUUGAGGCACUAGUUUAUCAAAAAGAGGUCACUCAAGAAGAGCUGGAUGUUGAAGAAGCUUUGAAAUUAAAAUCUGGAGUAAAGGUCCAUACUGUUUGGGGUCAUACCAUGGUGCAUAUAGAUGAUCUCCCUUUCAAGCCGCAGACCCUUCCCAAUGCCUACACGCAGUUCAGGAAGAAAGUAGAGGAAAGCAACAGAAUGAGAAAGGAAUUACCCAUACCAGAUAAACUCAAACCACUACCUGCUAAAUUUGAUGUUGGUACCAUACCAACAUUUGAUGACUUCAAAAUACCAAUGUCAGUCCCUGUGACCCACACAGUGUUUCCAUUUCCUGGAGGAGAAACCAGUGCCUUGGCAAGACUUCAGAGUUAUUUUUGGGAGACUGAUAAUGUUGCUAAAUACAAAGACACAAGGAAUGGCAUGAUCGGUUCAGACUACUCCACAAAGUUCUCACCAUGGUUGGCCCAUGGCUGUAUCUCGCCUCGCAGAAUUUAUUGGGAGAUCAAGAGAUAUGAGCAGCAACGCACUGCGAACGAGUCAACCUACUGGGUCCUUUUUGAGCUGCUGUGGCGAGACUACUUCAGAUUUGUGGCACUCAAAUAUGGAAACAAAAUCUUCAAAGUGAGAGGAAUUCAAGACAAAGACAUUCCAUGGAAGAAAGAUGAAAAGCUAUUUGAGGCAUGGAGAGAAGGUCGUACAGGGGUGCCUUACAUAGAUGCCAACAUGAGGGAGCUACAGGCCACUGGAUUUAUGUCAAACAGAGGGCGCCAGAAUGCUGCAAGUUUUCUGAUCAAGGACCUCCAAAUUGAUUGGCGUAUAGGAGCUGAAUGGUUUGAGUCCAUUCUGAUUGACCAUGAUGUAUGCAGCAACUAUGGUAACUGGCUCUACAUUGCUGGCAUUGGCAAUGAUCCUCGUGAAAACAGGAAGUUCAAUGUCAUCAAACAAGGAUUGGAUUAUGAUGCUAAUGGAGAUUAUGUGCGACUUUGGGUACCUGAACUCUCUAAAGUGAAAAGAGGAAGUGUUCAUGUUGUGUGGACAUUGUCACCUGCUGCGUUGUCUAGUGCACAAGUCAGCAUAGGAGAGUCUUAUCCUGCACCUCUUGUCAUGGCACCAGAGUGGAGGCAUCAUUAUGGACGUCCAGCUAGUGACAGUGUUGGAAAAAGAGGUCGAGGCAGAGGACCAGAACCAUCUCCCAAGCAGCGAGGAAUUAACUUUUAUUUCCAUAACUCCAGCCAACAGUAAUCUUUGUUAAAGCAUUUCUGGGGACUCUUUAUAGCUUUUGUGCAGAUGAAGGGUAUAUUCCCUGCUUUUGCAUCCUGCCCCUGAGAGGAAUACUUUUCAGCAAGACUGUCUCUCACAGAAGUGGUAGACAUCAUCUGUGUAAGAUUUAUUGCCAAAAGUUUGUUUUUCCACUGGGCCUUAUAAUACUGAUACAAAGGGUGCCACUUAAUCCUUUGGAUUGUGUAACAUUACUGAUGUGAGCAUAGCACUAAAGUUGCAUAAUAACACCAAUCCUGUAUAGAACACUCUAUAAGACAAAAUGACAUUUAAAUAAAAUGAACCUCCUCA